GCUCUGCGGCGGACGCCAGGCGGGAGCCCGGCGGCGGCUGCUGGUGGUGGGCUAACGGCCGCUGAGGCUUGGGCAGCUGCGGCCGUACGUGGGAGGUGCCCGGCGGCGUAUACGCCCUUCUGAGGAGGUAGAAAAUGGCUGAAUACUUGAAAAAAUCCUUCAAAGACAGUCUGGACAGCAUAAAAGAACGAAUGAAAGAGAAAAGAAAUCAGAAAUGGACAAAGAUGGGUAAAAAUAGGCAUAUAUCCACUGUAAAGUGCAAAAUAGCAACCAACAGCUCCAAGCAAAUGAAGAGCCUCCAAGCAAGCAACAGAGACCUAGUUCAGGCUUUGCAAGAAGAAAAGCUCAAACUGAGGGAUGCCCAGGCUACCAUUCUUCAUUUGAGGAAAGAGUAUCAUGAUCUGAAGGUUCAGAUGUUUGAUUUGCAAAGGUUCAAGCAAGCACAAGGACUUGUUGAGAAUCGACUGUCAGCCUUGAAUGAGAUAAUUUCAAGAGUUUCUCAGAAUUUACUAAACUCAAUUGAUCUCCUUGGCCCAGCAGAGAAUUUGUGUUCCAUAAGUGUAAAUCAGAGAGUGCUUUCUUCAGUUCCUGAAAAUAGUUCCAGUGCCAUAGGACAAAUACAUUCAGUAGGACCUCUGCAGUGUGCUGAUGAUCAAGUACUUCCAAGUGGGAUGGAGGCUGAUAGUGAUAGAAAUGGGCUGGCUCAUUCUGUGUCAGACACCUGUGAGAAAUCAGAGAAUGCCAUUUCCUUAAUCAAAAUAGUUCCAACCAAAGGGGAAACAUCUGAUUUUCAUCUGGACAACAUAAGGUCAGAGCUAGAAAAUGUUUCUUCAAGUGGAAAGGAUGGAUUUGGUGACGUGUUACCAAAAAGUGUGUCCACCAGGCGUCGCUAUUCAAAGAUGAGAAAUCACGAAGACCUUUGCACUGGUGUCUUGGACGGUUCCGAAGCACCUGAUUCAACAAAAGAGCUUUCUAAACAGGAUGAAAUUAGACUUGAAGAAAGUCUAGAAAAGUAUACUGUAGAAAACAUAAAUUCAGCUAUUUCUCAGUUGAACAAAAACAAGGUAGGCUCAGAGCUGGUGUUGAGGCAGAUAGAUUCUGAAACUGCGCAGUUCAACUUAAACAAUAAUUCUGGUCUUAAACAACGUGUGUGUAAAAGCAGAGAAGACUCUCAAGUAAGGAAAGAGAAGCAUCAGAAGGGAAAACGGGAAUGGCCUAAACAUACUUCCAGACAAAGACCAAAAAAAAGACAGAGUGAAGUGGCUUCCAAAGAAAAGUCUGAUUUCUUGGGUGGCUCCAGUGAUGCUUAUGACUUUCACUUUGAAGAGUGUGUCCAUGUUACACCUUUUCGACAAAAUAAGGUGAACGACGCAGAUGGUGGUGUGGAUGACAAAGACGACUUAUGCAAAACUAAUACCAUCGAGUCGAGUGAUAUUGAAGAAGAUUCAGAUGAUAGCCUCUAUGAGCCUUACAAGAGUAAAUCGAAAAAAAGGAGUUCAGUGGAGAAGAAAGAUACAUUGCCAGUCCAUGCAAGGCCAAGGUCUAAAAGAUGUUUGGCGCAGCGUGAGCAGAGACUCCAUAAUGAAAAAGAGACUGAAAGCAAUAAGUCAAGGGACAAGUCUAUUAGGCAGCCUUCUGAGCCAUCUCGUGAUCAUCUUUGUGAUGUUACCAAUACCACUCCAUUGCUCCCCAGCGCUGGCAACGCAGCUAUUGUCCCAGAAGGUGAAGGACCACGAUCUCCAAAACGCAAGCGAAGCUGUACUCUUACUGUGAGCUAUAAAGAACCAAGUAUUGCAGGGAAACUCAGGAGAGGAGAUCCAUUUACAGACAUAAAUUUUCUGCAUUCUCCAAUUUUCAAGCAGAAAAAAGAUGCUAAACAGUGUUCUCUUAAGAAAGAAUCCCUGUCAAAAUACAAUGAGAAAUUUGUUGGUUGUUGUUGAUAUUUCCAGUCAUGAUAGCAAAACUAUGCUUGCUCCAUGAAGAAAGGAAAUCUUUCGUCCAGGAAAUUAUUGUUGCACAAUAUCUUACACAAAUAUACAAUUAUUUGUGUCUAAUAUUGAGGAUAUAAAAUUGAGGGGGUUUGCUUUUAAUCUAGUGACUCAUUGAUAAAGAAGAUACAAGACUACUUUUAUAACUACAGUGAUUCCAUUCAAAUGCUUUUGAGAGGAAGCAUCCCUACAUCAUGCAUCUGUGAGUAUAUCAGAAAUAUCUGAUGGAAAAGACCGUGAAUGUAAUUUCAUGACUUAUACCCUGCUUGAUCUCACAGUGGUUAGCAAAGGUAAACUUUAGGCAUGUAAGAUCAAAUGUUUUUGUGUUUGUUUUUUUUUAAUAGCUGUAUAUAUUUUUAAUAGCUGAUCUUGUUUAUGUAAUAGUUGUAGUUUCAUACUGAAGCUCAUAAUAAAUGUCUUUAUGUUUGGAAACAGCUCAGAGCUGGUGGGUGUUCUUUAUGCGCAGUUUCCAUAUUUGCUUCAAGGGUAGCAAUGUCAGCACUAGGCGUACUGUACUGGCAUAAGCAUUGUUUAGAAGCAAGAUUGCCAGUUGUAAUUUAUGUAGCUGGAGCCCUCAAAAGUAGCAAUUUAGGGUUGGUUGGUACUGCUGUGAAUGCCAGUUAUAAUCAACUUAAUCAGAUAGGAACAAAUCAAAUUUAUCUGUGAAGGUUGGUGAAGAGUGCUCUGCUUUGGUGGAGGGUAAAGUAAACUGCUAUUAUGGGACUUUGAUAAUUUUGGUCCUGGUUUGCCAAGUGCCUUUACCAGAGGAAGAUCUGCCACAUCUGAACUGGUACAGUUUGGUACCACAGUAGGCAGU